AUGGGUGUGAUUCGCAAUCAGCGCAGCGCCGUACACCGACCCCACCCCCGGCACGCCCCCCAGCGGCUGUACGCCGACGACACAGAGUACGGCAAGGGCGUGUUCAUCGGGGACCCCAAGGUGGACCCCACCUACGACCAGCAGCGGCCCUCUGGGAAGGGGCUGACGACAACGCCGGCAGCCGACGAGAGAAACCGGCCGUUGAGGAGCUGGGGACUAGAAGGUACCGCGGAUAGCUUCCCCUUCCAGACCUACGACACGAACAGCCGGGUCAGCGAGGGCACGGACGAUGAUCAGUACUCACUCAAAGGUCCAGCCUCCUCAUCCAUCUACCCGGAUUACCCAGACGGGAGCCGGCAGUAUUCGAACACGCCCCUCUCUGCAUUUCCUCACCCGGGACACGCCUCGUCUCUACGUCACAACAUGACGUCAUCCAACACCGCCCCCGCAUCCAUCCACCACGACGUCGCCCCCUCGUCAUCUUUCCACCCCUCCCCCUCGUCAUCUCUCUACCCCUCCCCCUCAUCAGACUCGCGCCUGAACCUGCUAGAACUGGGCGUCAACCCUGCCGCUUCCGGCCACCUGCAGGCCUUCAACCAAGCCCUGAUGCCGGACCCGGUUUCAGCCACGAUGGAGCCGGCAUUCAACUUCUCUGAGGAUUGCUUCAACCUAACGAGCCGGCCGUUCCUGGAGUGCUGGGCCAUCUACGAGAACAUGACGGACACUCUGGGGGAGAACGAUACACUCAAGGCUCUGCUGGACAUCGAGUACAAGUACUGGAACAUACUGCUCAUCAUCUUCCCGCUUUUCACCGUCUUCGGCAACGUGCUGGUCGUCAUGAGCGUGUUCAAGGAGAAAAGUCUCAAGACCGUCACCAACUACUUCAUCUCCUCCUUGGCCAUCGCAGACAUUAUGGUGGCCGUGGCCGUCAUGCCGCUGGCCGUCUAUAUGGAGGUGAUGACCAACCACUGGCUACUCAGCGCCCCCCUCUGUGACGCGUGGGUAGCGUCUGACGUUCUAGCAUGUACAGCCUCAAUCCUCAACCUGACGGCUAUCAGCGUGGACAGGUUUAUCGCUGUGACGCAGCCCAUAAAGUACGCCAAGCAUAAAAACUCCAAGCGUGUUUUCGUCAUGUUGGCCGUCACGUGGGUCAUCUCCGUUGCCAUAGCAGCGCCCAUCACCCUGGGGGUCAACUACUCCGAGGAGAGGACGGAGGGGGACUGCCGGUUCUUUAACUCCGACUUUAUCAUCUACUCCUCAAUGGGCUCGUUUUAUAUACCCUCCAUUAUCAUGAUAUUCCUCUACUGGAAAAUCUACAAAGUUAUUCGGCUUAGAGCGCUCAAGGCUAAGAAAGCGAAACGGUUACGUGAUGUAGACCGUAAGGCGUUACAGGGGGUGAUAGAGAACCCGGCCACAGCGGCAGGGGCGGCACUCAACGACACGGGGCGGGCGACGACGUCACGAUUUCUGGCCGCGCACGGCGGUGACGAGGGCUCCGUCACGAACGUGAAUUCAAACUCCGACGACAACUCGAACUACGAGGACGACGACGAGAGCCCCAGCGGCAGCGGCAGCGCCAACAACAUCACCAACGCCAACGACUCCCAAAGUCUGGUAAGAACGGCGGAUGCGCGGCCGCACAGGAAGCCGCGGGUUCAAAUUCCGCAUCGACCUUCCGGUGGUGUGCCGCAGACAUGCGCAAACGAGGCGGAAACGCCGUUCACCUCCUUGGUGUGUAAGGGCGACAGUGACAACGCCGAGGCCUCGCAGGGGAUGUUGAGUCCCAAGAAAAAAACCAAGAGGGACCACAAGAAAGGCGUUACUAAAUUUAACUUCCACAUGCGCACCAGCCGGAAGCGGAAGGAGAAAUCUUCGUCUAAGCGGGAGAAAAAGGCAACUAAGACUCUGGCUAUCGUGCUGGGUAAGUUGUAUGUCCUGUAUUUG